GGAGGGAGGAGAGAGGAGGAAUCAGAUUAACAUCGCUAGAGAGGCUCGGUCGAAGGAGGGGAAAACGGGGAGGACUCUGGAUCUCAUUCGCGGACGAAAAACGGACAACAAAUCAGCGAGUGAAUCUCAAACAAAACUGAAAAUGCUUCAGCAAGAUCGGGCCAUGAACCCUGUCCUGGGAAGUCAAGCUCUGGUUGCACCACAGUUAACUCUGCACAUCCAUACUAAUAGUCAAAAGAGACGCGAGAAAGAUGGUAACUUUAACUUUCUGGGGCAGGAUGAUGACGACACUAUGACAGGAGAUGAAAAUCGCAACCAGGUGCGCCCAAGAGCUUUGGGCCGUGAUCUGCCUCUUUCUUCCAACCACUAUGGACCUGGACCCCUCUCCCCAUUGUCUCGUCUGCCAUGCUGGAGCCCUUUGGAGCCUCUUCCAGAGAUUGAAAGUGGAGACGAUAUGGGUGGCAGAGUGCCUCCAGAUGGUGCAGAGGAAGGCAAGGUUGAUGAAGAGAUGAGGAGAGUGACAGAUGUUGAAAAGGAGAAGACACUGGGAAAGAGUGAGAAAGUGGAGGACCUACUGGAUGAUGAUGAAGAGGUGGAUGGAGUGAUCGACUGGGCUGACAGUGAUGAAGAGUUUGAAUUCAGCUACAGGUCAGAAAGCUCUUCCCCACUCAGCACAGAGAGUGGUGACAUUGGGGCCGCAGGGUCCCACAAUUCCAUCUGGGAUCAAAUCUGUCGUGAACGUUCAACAGCUGACGAUGGGAAUAGGAAGGCGACUGCAGACACCCUGAAAAACCAAAACCAUGUGGAUAAGAAAGCAGAGCGGCGUCGAGAGAGCCUGGAGGGCACAGACGUAGUUGAAGACAACUUGUCCGACUCAGAUAUCGACCCCUGUUCUGAGCUACCGGACCUUAUGGAGGCUGUUUGGACACUACAGGACCGGGAACGGUUUAAAGCACAGGAGAUGGAGAAGCAUCAGGUCCAGCUGACCAUGUAUCGUCGCCUGGCCCUUAUCCGGUGGGUUCGCACCUUACAAAAUCGUGUCCAGGAGCAGCAAAACCGCCUCCAGUCAAGUUUCGAUGUCAUUCUUACACAUAGGAAAGAGCUUCUACGCAUGGGUGCUGCCACUGCUGCCCAAUAACAGAGAAAAUUUGAGAAAUUUCAUGAGACCAUCUGAUGACUAUUAUCAUGUGUAAAGUAAUAUUUGCAUCUUUGUGCAUCUCAUUCUUUUUCAUCAAAUUACCUCCUGGGUCUCUGAACUAUUUUGCCCUAAUGUUCCAUAAUGGCAAACUUUUCUCACUAUCAAAAAUGUGACCCUGGAGAAAAGAAACAGUCUUAAGUUGCUGGGGUAUAUUUGUGGCAAUAGCCAAAAAAACCAUUGUGUGGGUCAAAAUUUUUGUUUUCUUUUAUGCCAAAAAUCAUUAGGAUAUUAAGUAAAGAUCAUGUUCCAUUAAGAUAUUUUGUAAGUUUCUUACCGUAAACAUAUCAAAACUUAUUUUUUGAUUUGUAAUAUGUCCUGCUAACAACUUAUUUGGACCACUUUAAAGGCGUGGUAUUAAUAUUUACUUUACUUUUACUUUACUUUUUUUUUUUUUUUGCACCCUCAGAUUCCAGAUCUUCAAAUGGUUGUAUCUCAGCCAAAUAUUGCAAUAUCCUUACAAACCAUAUCAACGGAAAGAUUAUUUAUUCAGCUUUCACCAUAUGCAUAAAUCUCAAUUUUUCAAGAAAUGUACCCUUAUGAAUGGGUUUUGUGGUCAAGGGUCACAAAUGUGGUUAAAAGUCCUCCAAAAUAUCACCUUGAACUGUGUCCGAGAACUGUGUUGGUUAUUAAUGUUUCUGAACUCCUCCAACCUGAUAUGUUAAAAUAAUUAGAAAGUGUCAUAUAAAUGUUUCUGUGUGGUAAUAAAUUAUAUUUAACAAUAAAA